GCCGUCAACGACGACGACGUCAGCCGACGUUCUCCGUCGCGUACCCCGCGCGCUACCCGCUACCCACUCCGCUCGUAUCCAUAUCUGGACUUAAUUAUUGGGGCUGCCGAUUAACAACGCGACCACUUCCAGCCUGUAAGCAACCCCAAUAAUUGGAAAAUGUCCGGAUUUGCGGCAGCGGGCCUCGUGGCCUUCGACUCCAUCAAGUCGAAAGCAUCGCAAAAAUUUGCUGGAUUCAGAAGAAGCAAUGAUGGCUACGAGGAAUUCGAGAUGCCCCGCGAAGGUAGCAAAGACAAUAAGGGGUUCGAAGGUGAAAGACCAUACAGUAGACAAGCCUCGUUUGAAUCACUCCCGGAACCUGAACGACCUCCACUGCGCCAUAUCGAUACUUAUUGCAAACCAGAAUGUCCUUGCUUAUCGAAGAGAUACACUAUUGCCACACUGGCCUGCAUGGGAUUUAUAAUAUCGUUCGGCAUGAGGUGUAACAUGUCUAUGGCAAAAAUGGCCAUGAAGAACGCCACCAUAGGUGAUAAUCACACUCUCCAGUUUAAUUGGACAGUUGGCGUAGAAAGCGCCCUGGACUCAUCCUUUUUCUGGGGCUAUCUAAUAACCCAGGUGCCAGGAGGAUUUCUUGCCUCCCUGUAUCCAGCGACAAGAAUAUUCGCUACUGCGAUCGCCAUAUCAUCAUUUUUAAACUUACUGGUACCUGGCGCGUUGAAGGCCGAUCCGAUCGUCGACAUGAUCGUGCAAGUCAUCAAAGGAUUCGUCGAGGGUGUCACAUACCCAGCGUGUCACGGUAUCUGGAAAUAUUGGGCACCACCGUUGGAGAGAUCGCGUUUAGCCACACUGGCAUUUUGCGGUUCUUACGCUGCCAUGGUUAUUGGCAUGCCUCUCUCGGGUUAUUUGACUUGGUUGUUUGGAUGGACAGCGUCGUUUUACUUUUACGGUAUGUUCGGGUUGAUUUGGUAUUGCUUCUGGUUGUGGCUGGCCUUCGAGAAGCCGUCGAAGCAUCCGUGCAUUUCGGCUCGCGAGCUUCGUUACAUCGAGGACUCCCUUGGCCAGGGCCAAACGCAAAUGCCCAUGCCGACGUUCGCCACGACGCCGUGGCGUAAAUUCUUUACAUCUAUGCCAGUAUACGCGAUCAUAGUGGCCAAUUUCUGCAGAUCUUGGAACUUUUAUCUGCUGGUGCUCUACCAAGGCCGUUUCAUGCACGAAGCUUUCGACAUGCAUCUAGUCGAAGCCGGCGUGAUUGGCUCGCUUCCGCAUCUCCUGAUGACGAUGAUCGUGCCCUGCGGCGGUAUGCUGGCUGAUCACAUUCGUAAACGCGGGAUAAUGACAACCACGAACGUCAGGAAGGUAUUCAACUGCGGUGGUUUCGGAAUGGAAGCUCUCUUCUUUCUCGUGGUGGCGAACGCGACCAGGCACAGGAACGGAACGGCAGCGAUCGUCGCGUUGACUUGCGGCGUUGCUUGCAGUGGUUUUGCCAUUUCCGGUUUCAACGUGAACCAUCUGGAUAUCGCGCCCAGAUACGCCAGCAUUUUGAUGGGAAUGUCGAAUGGGAUUGGUACGAUAGCGGGACUGCUGGUGCCUUUCUUCGUCGAUAACAUCACAGAGAAGAAGGAUGCACACAGUUGGAGGAAUGUGUUCAUCAUUGCGGCGUGCGUGCAUAUCUGCGGCGUGAUAUUUUAUGGGAUAUUUUGCUCUGGCGAACUACAGCCGUGGGCAGAUCCUACCUUAGAAGAACAGAAGACCUUCGCUAUGGACGAGUUUAGUCAAGGAAAACCACCCGUUCCACCACCACCGAAGACGAUGCAGUCCGAAUUCAUAAGACAACCAUCAGGCGGAGGAGCCGACGAUUGGAAUACUUACGAGCAACCACAACCAGUGGAUAAUACCUACGUGCAACAAGAGAAACCAGUGAUCAGUUAUGGAUCAACGGAAACCAAUAGCAACAACCCUUUUCAUUCGACGAAUCCGUUCGUUACCGACAUGAAUGCAUCAAUGGUGCAGCCGCCAGCGACGAAUGAUUACGCGUACGACGUGACGCAACAGAAUCAACAAUGGAAUUAA